AUGUUUCCCCACAGCAUGGGUAACAGCAGCGCUCCUUUUCUCCUCCCUACCUUUCUGCUCCUGCUGCACAACAAGAGCUACCCUGAGACCUCCAUCCCUCCUGCUGGCUACCAGACGACCGAGUCACCCGUAGGACCCAGCCCAAGCACGAACCACACCAUCUUGUCAUACGAACUGAGGUCGGGGGAAAUUGCAGCAGCCAGCAUGGUUUUGGGAGCACUGUGGCUGCUUUCCCUCUGUGGAAACUCCCUCGUGUGCCUAGUGAUCCACAGGAGCAGGAGGACGCAAUCCACCACCAACUAUUUUGUUGUCUCCAUGGCUUGCGCAGACCUUCUCAUCAGUGUGGCAAGCGUGCCCUUCGUGCUGCUCCAGUUUGCCUACGGCAGGUGGCUGCUGGGCAGCAUCAUGUGCAAGCUGGUAAGGUACAUACAGCACCUCACCCCGGGAGUCCAGAUAUACGUGCUCCUCUCCAUAUGCCUGGACCGAUUCUACACUAUCGUCUACCCCCUGAGCUUUAAAGUGUCCAGGGAGAAAGCCAAGAAAAUGAUUCUGGCCUCUUGGCUGUUUGAUGCUCUCUUCACAUCCCCGGCUUUCUUCUUCUACAGCUCCAACGGCGACGACCACUGCAGCUUUUUUCUCCCCACUUCUUCUUGGGAAGGGGCCAUCUACGGUAUCAUCCACCUCUUGCUUCUCUUCCUGAUCCCAUCCAUCCUCAUUCUCCUCUUCUACCACAAAGUCAUCAAGUACAUUUGGAGAAUAGGCACCAACGGCAGGACUGUCAGGAGGACGACAAAUAUCGUCCCAAGAACAAAAGUGAAAACCAUCAAGAUGUUCUUACUCUUAAACACCCUCUUUCUUCUGUCCUGGCUCCCUUUUUACGUGGCACAGCUGUGGCAUCCACUUGCAACAGACUACAGAAGGAGCGCCUUGCUUUUCCUGGCCGUCACCUGCGUCUCUUUCAGUGCUUCAGCCUCAAAGCCAGUCCUUUACUCCGUCUAUAAUGCAAACUUCAGAAGAGGGAUGAAAGAAACCUGUUGCAUGUCAGCUAUGAAAUGCUACAGAAGCAACGCAUAUACCAUCACCACCAGUUCCAGGAUAGCCAAAAAAAAUCACGUUGGCAUCAUAGAUAACCCAGCUCCGGCCAAAGCUGUCACAAAAGACUCCAUUUAUGAUGCUUUCAAUAGAGAAGAAAAGGAAAAAAAGCUUGCCUGGCCUAUUCAGUCCAAUCCUCCAAAUACAUUUGUCUAG